UCCCACAGACCUCUCUUCACCAAUCGAAAGUCGAUUCAGGGAACCGUGACCCUGCUGGAGAAUCUGCACAUCAUCCUCGAGAAAACGCCUCAGGAAUACGAGCGAGAAGUACUCUCAAUGCUAUACAUGUCUUUCGAAAACUCGACCGUUCAAGUGCGAACGGCCGCGUUUGUGGCCGUGGCGCAUGUAACGAAUUAUCUCGAGGACGACGCCAUACGUAACGUGGUGCUACCAAAACUGUUGGACGCCUUCGAGAACAAUUCAGCAAAUGCUCGGGUGUUGAUGGAUGUGGUUCCGUGCAUCCUGUGCCGUCUUGAGAAGCAGAAGAUCAUCGAUUGCAUUCUACCGCUGCUCUGUAAAGUCAAAUUGCAAGAACCCGAAAUCGUCGUGCGGGUUGUAAAUAUUUACAGGCUGAUGCUGACCGACAAGAAAUAUGGAUUAUCAGUUAAUUGGAUGGCGACGCAUGCAAUGCCUUCUCUAUUACCGCAAACCGUGAACCCGAAGCUGAAUCUCGAGCAAUUCAUACUACUCCUAGAGGUGCUGCAGGAUAUGCUAAACAAUAUUGAGAGAAAUCAAAGAAACAAGCUGACGCUCGAUAAUCUUUCUUUACCGAGCCCCGACAAGUCUCGACCUCUGCGACAUCAGUACAGCACUGACAACGUACACGUGCCGGCCUUUAACAUCCCGAAUUUGCGCAUCGAGCAACGCAAGACUUCUUCUGCCGAGGAUAUGGCCAGAAAGAAUAGCUUCGGAUCAGGAUCCUUAUCGACGGCAUCCGCGGAAAAUAUGGUGCGGAAGAGUUCGAUGGCUGCGAUGUUCGGCGGAUGGUUCAACUCACCGUCGGCCAACGACAGUAAUUUCCUACGAGUUGCCAACACGUUCACCAGUAGACGACUAUCGGACAAUACCCUGAUGACACCAAAGAUACGGAUAGCGCCGUCCUGCGCGAGUUCGCCGGGCGGGACGCCCGGUACCGGCGGCGGCGGCGGCCUGCCGAUCCGUCGACACUCCAGCACCGGUCCCCAGGAACGACGCGGGUCCAAUAUUAAUUUAUCCCCGCCUACG